AGCCUCGCGCCGCGAAUUCGGUUCCACUUCGGUUUCGCGCGCUUUGAUCACGUUGCGUCAUCCGCGAGGCUCUCUCUAACACGCUCCGUUUUUUUAACCCCAAAGGUGCUAUAGAUUGGAUCCUACGAACUGACUGAAAAAAGUGUCGCUCGUUGCGUUAUUCGUUUUUGAAGGAGCUUUGGACAUUUUUUCGGGACGCUCAGUUUUUUCAACUUCAGAAUGUGCUAUCGGUAAAAUCCUACGAACUGACUGAAAAAAGUGUCGCACGUUGCGUUAUUUCUUUUCGAAGGAGCUUUGGACAUUUUUUGAGGCGCUUCGUUUCUUUGGCUCCUAGAGCAAAAUUGGAUGCGAACCUUGUCGACUGAUUUGAAAAAAAGUGUCGCAUUCCACGUGCGCGAAUUGCCAGUGAUUGGUGUGUUACUGCCGAACAAGUAUCGAUAAUUUUGUGUCCUAACACGUACAUCCGUCUUCAUAAUUUGAAACUUCGGUUUAAUGUGACAUUUUUUCUUCAAAAUUUGAAUUUAUGCACCUCCAAGCUGUCUCAACGUACUACAUCACUGCCAUAUAUUAUGUUGCGAUUCGAUUCGAAAUAUUAAAUAAGUUUAUUUUGUAAAAAAAAAAAAAAAAAAAAAAAAAAAAAAAAAAAAAAAAUUGGACUUUUUUCGCAAUCGGUCAACGAUACGUGCUUUAGGUGAAAAUUAAUGAAACAAAUUUCUAUAGGAUUCAUAAAGACAAUUUGAACGUAUUUGCCUCCUGUGAAAUUUUUUGAGGCGUGUAAUUUUAAUUUAAAUUGUGACCUGUGAUAUUGUCUCCUGUUUUCUUGGAGUCGUGUGCGUGUUCGACUCAUUUCAAAGAAUAAAUUGUCACUCUUGGAAAAAUUGAAAACAAUUGACUCAUUUUUCAAGAACUGCACUGCCAUCUGUUCCUGCUAACGUCAAUCCCUGCAACAAUCGGUCUUGAUCAUAGAAAGACAUAAAAAGAAGUGUAAAAUAUUUUCGAAAUCUGUGAGUUUCCAUCUACAACUGCAAUGUAAAUUACUCGCACCAAACUUUUUUCGAAGGCGAAUCCGAAAAUAUUUCCCGCGAGGGUUUUUUUUGUAAUUUCAAAAAUGUAAACCCAACACUCGCAGAACCAAAUCCACACCAUGGAAAAUUUCACGUCACAAACUUUCUCAACCGAAGAGACAUUCUCUUCCACCGAGCUCGAAAACAUCGUCUUAAAGACGAACAAAUUCAACGAUUGCGGAGGGGGCCUGGUCAAAAUCAAGCGAGGAAUCUCCAGCGAGAGUGGCUACCAAUCCUCGCCCAGUUUCGAGAACCUCCAAUCCCUGGCCGACGAGGACAGCCCCCGCGGAUCCCCAGCAUCGGACCCAAGACCCGAUUCGGUCCUCGAAACCCUAACUACCUACUCAAACCCCCAGUCAUUUUACCAAAGUGCCAACGAAAGCGUUCUAAACGCCGCUCAAAACUUCAACGAUGAUGAAAUCAUCGGUUGGAAGGACACAUUCGACGUUCUGAACAUUCUAAGGAGUGAAUAUAAUAACGUAACCUCUAGUAGCAAUGACGUUGAAACCGUUCAAAGGCUACGUGAUGACGUCCAAAGGUACGACGGAACAUUCCAACAACUCCCUAGUCCAGAACUCACCGAUUUAUCUAAUUGUAAGGGUGUGCAGAAUUUGGAUCCCCGGGGCGACCCACCGUCAUAUCCGGGUCUCCCGACCGAAAACGAUCUGCGCUACGAUUCGGGGUUCGAAUGCGAGCGAUCCGAUUGCUCUAGUCCACUCGGUGACGCUAACUGUAGACUGAUUUCCUGUGAUCUUUCCGAUAUCUCUAUGAAUCUCAUCCGGAUGCCUGAUGAUUUCGAGUACAAAAACUGUGAUAAGGACUUCUCGGUGAGCUCGCCGGCCACGUCGCUGACGUCAUCGUUGGAGGAGCACUGCCAGCGGAUAUCCACCCCUUCGUCGGUUUCCGUUUCCGGGUCGACGCGUCCGCAGUCGGCGAUGACCGUUUCCGGGGACGAUUGCCCCCCCGCUUCGAACCAGAGUUUCCAGCUCCCUGAGACCCCCUCGUCGAUGGACAUUGACGAUGCCGUCAACGAAGACAAAGAGGAGGCUGAGGACCAGCGAGAAGUGUUUGUUCCUACUGACCCCGGUGACUGGACGAUGGAAAACAUCAAAUCAUGGCUGUGUUGGUGCUCUGAGAAGUUCAAUUUAAGGUCUUGUCCUGACGCGAAGAAGUUUCCUCCGGAGGGGGCCAAACUGCUCGAGCUUUCUUUGACUGACUUCGUUUCUUUGGCAGGCUCCAAGAGGGCAGGGAAACUUCUCUUCGUGCACCUUUCCUACAUGAAAAGCACUUUCAACGGAACAGUUCCUAUUGACCUGGAUCUCUCUGACACCGAGGAAGAAAUCGAUCCGUACGAGGUGCUGAACGCGGCGAGCCGGGGGCUGGUGGCCCAGGGCUCCGGGCAGAUCCAACUGUGGCAGUUCCUCCUGGAGCUGCUAGCUGACUCGAGCAACGCCUCUUGCAUCGUCUGGGAGGGCGCCAGCGGGGAGUUCAAGCUCACCGACCCGGACGAGGUGGCGCGCCGCUGGGGCGAGCGAAAGGCCAAACCCAACAUGAACUACGAUAAGCUCAGCCGCGCUUUGAGGUAUUACUACGACAAGAACAUCAUGACGAAAGUGCACGGAAAGCGCUACGCCUACCGCUUCGAUUUCCACGGUCUCAUGGUGGCGUGUCAACAGUCCACAGCACAGGGUGGUUCGAUGGGGGGCGGCGGAACCCCCGGAGCCCUUCCCCCCCUCCCGGCCAUCCCCACCCCCACCACGGAGCUCUACAAAUACCACCAGCAGAGCCCCGCCUCCACCGACCUGACCGCCUUCUACCCUCCGACUUCGACGAGCAAGUUUAGCCCCCUUCCAAACUCCUCGAUCUCGCAGGCUAUCUACCACACUUCGCCCUCUUAUUGGGCGUCCACGGCUAGUCUCUCCUCCAUUUAUUCCAUCCCUCCGCCCCCAAAGUAUCCUUCUUACCCUUGAGCCCUUUCUCGGGUCGAACCCACCUAAUGCCUACACUGAAAAA